AUGGCCAAGAUUACGCAGCGACUCUCCACCCGAAAAGCGCUGCCCAAAGCCCACGAAGAGAAGGAUGCGCAUGAGGACGAAGAUGGUGAUGCGGAAGUAGCGGUCAUCAGGGCGGACGCGCCAGCAACGUCUGACGCAGACGCCAUAGCGAUCGAUGAACCAAAGCUAAGCACAUCCGGCCCGCGGCCGGGGCGACAUCAAGCUAAGAAGCACCUGCGAAAAAAGUCGACUAACGCGAUCAACGGAAAAGCGGGCAAAGGCGACGGCAGGGUGAAGCACAAGUCCAGCAGCUCUGCAGCGAACAAGAAGAGAGCGCCGCUCCGAGGUCCCGGCACGCUCUCAGUCAUGCUGAUCUGCACACAACAGCUCACUGCCACCUCCUCACCGUCUCGAACAGUCACCUCCGCCGGUGCCACAUCUCUACCGCAAUCAUUCCUCUCUGUUCUGCCGAACAAUGUCGACAAGGUUUCGGACUCGUUCCUCGAGAACAAGGCCGAGAUGGACCGGCUGGUCGCCGAGCUAGAUCGAGAAACAAAGCGCAUCGGGCUCGGUGGGAACGAAAAGGCGAGGCAAAGGCAUAUAAACAAAGGGAAGAUGCUGCCGAGGGACAGGAUCGGCCACCUGCUCGAUGAUGGAUCACCUUUCGUCGAGCUUUCCAGUAUGGCCGGACAUGGGCUUUAUCCUGGAGACGACAUUGUCGCAGGCGGUGUCAUCACGGGUAUCGGGCGGGUGAGCGGCGUGGAGUGCAUGAUCGUGUGCAACGACCCGACCGUCAAAGGCGGCGCAUACUACCCCAUCUCUGUCAAGAAGCAACUGCGCGCACAGAUGAUCGCGCGAGAAAACCGCCUGCCUUGCAUCUACAUUGUCGAGUCGGGUGGCGCAGCACUACCACACCAGGCAGACGUCUUCCCGGACGAGCAGCACUUUGGGCGUAUCUUCUACAACAUGGCGCAAAUGUCCGCCCUCGGCAUCCCGCAAAUCAGCGUCGUGCACGGCAUCAGCGUUGCGGGCGGAGCGUACGUGCCGAGUAUGGCUGACGAGACAAUCAUCGUCCGCAAUCAGGGCGCUAUCUUCUUAGCCGGGCCCCCGUUGGUCAAGGCCGCGCUUGGUGAGGAGGUGGACGAUGAGACGCUCGGUGGAGGUGAAAUGCACUCGUCCGUCAGCGGCGUGACAGACCAUCUCGCGAUUGAUGACGCACACGGGUUGAUGCUUGCGCGAGAGGCGGUCGCCAACCUCGGCCAAGCAGGCGGAUCGCAUGCUAGUCAACGCUGCGCAAGCUCGACAUUCGACGAGCCGCUGUACCCCGCCGCCGACCUACACGGCAUCGUGUCUUCGAACCUGCGCAAGCCGUUCGAGAUGCGUGACGUGAUCUCGCGCCUCGUGGAUGGCAGUCGCUUCCACGAGUUCAAAAAGCUGUACGGCACAACGGUCGUGACCGGCUUCGCUUCGAUCCACGGUCGGCCCAUAGGCAUCAUCGGUAACAACGGCAUCCUGUUCAGCGAGUCCGCCAAGAAGGUUACCUCCUUUAUCCAUCUGUGCAACCAACGCCAGAUACCACUGCUCUUUCUCGUCAACGUGACGGGCUACAUGGUCGGUUCGCGCGCAGAGCGCGAAGGUAUUGCAAAGGACGGCGCGAAGAUGGUGCGCGCCGUCGCGUGCGCCGACGUGCCCAAGUUGACCGUCAUCGUCGGCGGGUCGUUUGGUGCGGGAAACUACGGCAUGUGCGGACGCGCGUACAGCCCGCGCUUCCUGUGGACAUGGCCGAAUGCCAAAAUCGGUGUCAUGGGCAGCGAGCAACUCAGCUCGGUCAUGGGAACCGUCAGCAGCGAUGCCGCGCGCACCGGCGGGCUUAGGGCGCAAAUCGACGAGCAGACCAUGGCGUGCUAUGGCAGUGCCAGGCUGUGGGACGACGGCAUCAUUCGACCACAGGAUACACGGAGCGUCGUCGCGCUCGGAUUGGAGGUCGCCAUGAAGGGCAGGGAGCAGAGCGCCGUCUUGGGCGACGGGCAUCCGGCCUGGGACGGGAACCACCAUGCGCAAGGUGUCUACAGGUACGUGUCUCCUGCGAGCGCUCUUACAGUUGUUCGUGACCUCAAAGUUGACUUUCUCAUCCGCUUCCUCCUGGCUUUCCUCCAUAGGAUGUAA